CAGAGAGAGGCUGGUAAAUUAUCAGAAGACCUGAUAUGAUCGUAUUAAAACCUGAAGUGGAACAAGAUUCAUUCUAGUGUGUAAACAGCAGCAUAGAAGAAAAUGCCCAAUCGCUGUGCAGCCUAUGGCUGCAAAAAGACCCAUAAGAACAAUGUUAGUAUGUUUAGGUUUCCGAAGGACCCUGAUGAGUUUCGCAAAUGGGAAAGGCAGGUUAAAAAAACUCGACAUAAUUGGGUUGCAAAGACCUACUCCUUCUUGUGCUCUGAACACUUCAGCAAAGAUUGUUUUGAGUCCAGACCAAGCUCAGUCACCAAGGCGAUGGGCUCCAAAGGGCUCAAACUAAAAGAAGGUGCCAUUCCGACCAUUUUCAUCCGACCGCUGUGCAGUUCCUGUGGAGGUCAUGGCACCAACUGCAAGUUGUGUAGUCUAAAAGGGAAAAAGAAAAAUGAAGGCACAGAGCAUCACAAGCAAGAUUCGGUUGGUUGGCCAUCUGUAAGAACACAGUUGGAUGAUACAGAUGAAGAAGAGGAGGAACAGUUCACCGAGCAGUUUGCUUCUGAAGAGGAUCAGGCUAUUAGCCCCACGUUUGGUCCCCUUUCUCCUCCACAAAAUGAUAAAAAAGCGGUCUGUGAGUUGUGUGGUGUCACUGGCGUUCGAGACACCUUUUACUCCAGAUCAAAGCGAUUCUGCAGUACGUCCUGCUCCCGCUCCUUCUCUUCCAACUCUAAAAAAUCCUCCAUAUUGGCACGCUUGCGGGGAAAACCAUCUGGUCGUAAAGUUCACGCAUCACAGCCCACUGCUCUCCAACAGAUAGAAAACACAGAGCUUCAUCAUGGCAACACAACUGUACAGAAAGAUGCCUCUUCUGGCUUUGACUGGGGGAGCUAUCUUGACAAUGAUGGCUCUAUUGCUGCUCCAGUAUCCUGCUUCAGACAUGUACCACUUUGUGCGCAGUGGGAGGACAUUGAGGAGGGGUUGCGGGUGGAAGUACUGAAUACUCACACUGCCUUGCUGACCAAGGUUUACUGGAUCGCCACUGUCAUUCGGCUUGCUGGUUACAAAGCCCUAUUACGAUAUGAAGGUUUAGAGAAUGAUAAUAGUCAUGAUUUUUGGUGUAAUCUGGCUACUGCUGAGGUCCAUCCUAUUGGUUGGUGUGCAGUGAACAGCAAGCUACUCGUUCCUCCUCAGACGAUUCACAAACGGCUAACUGAUAGUAAAUCAUACCUGAUGCAGAGGCUUGUAGGAGCAUCUACACUUCCUGCAGAUUUUCACUUUAAGCUUGCAGAAAGUUUGAAGAUCCCCUUCAGGCAGGGGGUCCGUGUGGAGGUGAUGGAUCGUUCCGUGGUUAGUCGAACUCGUACUGCAGUGGUGGAUACUGUGAUUGGUGGUCGUCUGAGGCUUAUAUAUGAAGAUGCAGGAAUUGGACCCUCAGGAGAGGUGCUUUCAGAUUUCUGGUGUCACAUGUGGAGCCCCCUGGUACACCCUAUAAACUGGUCAGUUAGAGUGGGACAUCUCAUUAAGGAAACAGAUAAAUCUGUUGAUAUGAGCAGCCAUCCAGCAUUCUGCAAGAUAUUUAGUGAUAGUGUGCCAAGUCAGUUCAAAAAGUUAAGGUUUGUUUAUAUGGAAGGAGGUUUUUUCGAAGUGGGCAUGAAAUUGGAGGCUAUCGAUCCUCUGAACCUGGGGAACAUCUGUGUAGCGACAGUUCGUAAGGUGCUCUUAGAUGGAUACCUUAUGGUCAGUAUUGAUGGUGUGGAGAUUGGAGAUGGUUCGGACUGGUUUUGCUACCACGCCAGCUCGCAUGCUAUUUUACCCACAGGAUACUGCCAAAUCAAUAACAUACCCCUUACUUUUCCACCUGGCUACACUGAGGCAACCUUUACAUGGUGUGAAUAUCUGGAAAAAAUGAACGCAGUGGCUGCUCCACGCAGAUUAUUCAGCACAGAUUUUGUCGGGCAUGGCUUUACUCCAGGCAUGAAGCUGGAGGCAGUGGACCUGAUGGAACCUCGGCUGGUAUGUGUGGCCACUGUUAAGCGCUGUGUGGGCCGUCUGCUCUUGCUGCACUUUGACGGCUGGGAGUCCGAGUUUGAUCAGUGGGUAGACUGUCAGUCACCUGAUAUAUACCCUGUAGGAUGGUGUGAGCUCACUGGAUACCAGCUUCAGCCUCCCCUUGGCACAGAACCAGAGGCACGUCCAAACAAAAAAGUUGGCAGAAAGAAAAGACGAGUUGCAAAGAAAAAAACAGCAGAUGAUGAAUCAAAAUCUCCACCUCAAGAUCUGCAGUCGGAAGAGAACUCUGCUCCGACUCAACUCGAAGACGUGCCAAAUCUGCCCACAGACACACCUACGCCACCUCCAGUCAUGCCAAUAAUCAGCCACCUAAAGUCAGAGGCUCUGGAACGGAUUAUUUCAGUGAAAGUAGAGGAAAUGGAGAUGGAAACUGCCAUCACUCCUGACCUUCAUGGUGAUGAGAGCAGCUUUCUUACACCACUUGCUGUACUUAAAAAAGAAGAAGCCCCGGAAUGAGUCACACACUACAGGGACCUGGGAAUUACGGACAGAUUCUACUAAAAAACUACAAAUUUAAUCCUGAAUGCUUACAUUUAUGUUUCAUCCAGGUGUGCUGUGUGAGAACAUGGAUGAAACACAUGUACUGUAUAUAUACACUGUAUAUAAAAUGGCAAUUUUGCAUUCAACA